AUGCUGCUGAUUCGAUAUACCAGGUCACUUUAUAAACCUGGAAUACGUACUAUUGCCUCGACAAAUCAGGUAUCUGAUCUUGACCUCUAUGCGAGAAGAGUGCAACGGGCUAGAUCUGACUGCACUGAUAAGGUGCACAAGUUUGAUCCCUCCUCGUUUUUGCUCUCAAAGUUUUACCCUCCGUUUCUUCAACCCAUAUUUAUAGCUCUCAAAGCAUUCAACAUUGAAUUGGCCAGAAUUUCAAUGGGAUCUGCCUCUACCUCCUCUUCGAAGCCUUAUUUUGCGGAUAUGAAGUUUACUUUUUGGGACGAUCAGAUUGAUAAAGUAUCGCAAAUUAGUUCGCAUAGUUCUCCACAGAACUCCACAUUGCAUGGUAUAAAUGAUCCAAUAAGUAUUCUUAUUGCUGAUUCUCUAACGAAAGGAAUAAGAUUGGAUCUGUCCAUAUUUAAACAGAUCAUCUAUAGUCACAAGCACUACUUGCACAAUGAGAAAACCAAGGGGUUCAGCAAUAUUGACUCUAUGUGCAGCUUUGGCGAGGGAACCUGUUCACAGACCAAUUACCUUUUGCAAUCUAUCUGUCUUACUCCUGGGUUGUACAAAUACUCUGACUUUGGAGUCAAUCUUCUUGAACUGCCGGAAACGGAGUCUAUUAGAAACUCCCUUUCUGACAUAUGUGCACAUAUAGGUCAGGCUACUGCAGUAUGUUCCUUCAUUAUUGGCUUGAAGUACUACGCGCAAAAGAAUGGACAGAUAGCGUUGCCUAUAGAUGUAUUGGCCAAAAGCGGAGUAUCUCAAGAAGAUGCACUUCGAAUGGUACUGAGAGGUGAUGUAUCUGAUACUAAGACUAGGGAGGCGUUGAAAAAUGCCGUAUUUGAGGUCACCACUGUGGCCAAUGAUCAUAUAAUAUCCGCUAGAAGUAAACUACAGGCGUUGAAGGAUAGUAUCAAGACUAAGGUGAAUGAAAUUGAAAAGAAAGACGAUUCGAAAACAGAUAUAGAGCAUGCUUUACUUAAAGGCUACACAUCAUUGAAAAAAGGACUUCCAGAUUGCUUAUAUACCCCAUUUAUGGCCUCAAUACCUACAGUUCUUUACCUUGAGAGAUUACAAAAAUAUGAUUUCGAUGUGUUGAAUCCAAAGUUACAAUUUAAAGAGUGGCGCCUUGCAUAUAGAGCCUACAGAGACUACAAUAAAAGGACCUUUUGA